UUUUUUUUUUUAUUAUUAUUUUCUCUUUUGCUUUCUAAUCAACCCAUGGCGAAAUCCGUUGAGCGAUCAAGUACUGCACCUGCAGGUAACAAGGGAGAGAAUGAGAUACUCAGUUUUUCUUCACCCCACACUGUACAGACGUUGGACCAAAUACCAAUUCCGCUGUUAAAACUGUUGGUGGUGCUGGGACCUACUUUACAAUGCACCUCACAGCUCAUUGAUAUUCUCAUGUGGCGAACAAGUCAGCCCCGUCAAUCUGUGCUGAUGGUACUUUUAUGGAUUAUGAGUUGUUUAUGGACAUGGCAACUACUUGCGUUUGGACUUCCCAUGCUUAUAUUAUACAAGUUGGGUAGAGACUGGCUUUCGGUCAAGACGAGUAAAUCACGCCGAGAAGCAAUGGAGAAGGCGCGUGCUGAACAACGUCAACGACGAGAGGAAAAGAUCAAGCGAGACAGAUACCAUGACGAGGAAGAUGAUGAAGUAACCCGACUUCAGCAACAGAAGGAGGAAGAGGAUGAAUUGAUCUCGAGAAAGAUCAGACCAGAGGGACAAGUAUCGCUGGACGAUACCUUACAGGAUUUAGCCGUCGUCAAUAGUUUUAUCGAUCAUGUUGUCUUGAAUCUGAAGCGGGUGUGGAUUCAUUUGGAUGGAUCCAAGAGUGAUACGGUGAUUUCGGUUUUGAGUAUAUUAUUAUACACUUGGCCUAUUUGGAUUGUCCUCAACUGGAUGCUGGGUGCACAUAUGAUAUUGGCCAUUGUAGGUACUGUCUUAUUAAUCAGCCCUUCUCCUUGGUUUAAUACCAUUGUCUUUGCUAUGCGCAGAAACAUCAUUUUGAAACAUGUCUUGGCCGCUACCUGGGCAUACGGUGUUGCUCUCAUCACUACAACCCUUGGCCAUUUCUCUUGGCCUCAAAAAUCCGUCAAAAAAACAACACUUGUCAAAAACUGGCUCUAUUCUGUCUUGUCAAGGGCAAAAUCAGAGAAAUCAAGAGCAUUACAGGUAAUUGAAACAGACGCUGAUUCAGAUGCUUCAACAGGGAAGCGCAAUGAAAUGAUUUUUCAAUUUGAGGUGUUUGAGAAUCAAAGAUGGUGGUUAGGUGUCAACUGGACAACCAAUAUGAUGCCCAGUGAACGAAGUCCUUGGACAGAUAAUCAAUUAAAGCCUAUACCCGCCAAAGAGGAAUUUAAAUUGCCCGAGUCCACAGUCAAGACUAGCACCCAUACUGUAAACAAUGAGAUUAUUAAGCGUACUACCAACAAGGUUUGGAGCUGGGCAGAUGGAGAUUGGUGGGUUGAUAUGACGGGAGAGUUGGCGGGAAAGAUUGACCAUAAUGGUUGGGAGUAUGGCAACAAUGCAUGGAAACAAAUGAGUGGAUUACCAGGCAUUCAGACAUUUACCAGAAGAAGAAGGUGGUGUCGUCGUGCUCGAUUAGUAGAACGUGAAAUUGAUCAGGUUGAGACAAAGGAGGAUGCUUGAAACCUAAAACCCCUACCAUCCAUAAUAAAAAUAUAAAGGUUUUCUUCGUUAUCUUUUUUUUUUCUUAAU